CACGGCUUUUUGCGCUUGUAGCGGGCACGGGCUCGCGUCCUCCCCGCGACAUCGCCGUCGUCUUCGGAGACUGAGAUGGAGACGCCGUUCAACAUCGAGAGAGAGCGAGAGACAGCGUGCUUCCAAUGAGGAUCAAAUAACGUUCAAGUUCAGUUAGGGUUUCGUAGCUCAUUUGAGAGCAGUGGGACGAUGGCGCUGACCAACUUCAUCGUGACGGUAGUGGGUGUAACCGCCGCCGUCCUCCUCCUCCGAAGCGACGUGAAGCAGUCUGCCUCCAUCUUCCGACGCAACGUGCGCCACAUCCGCCAGUGGCUCGAAGAAGAAUCCGCCUCCGCUUCCAAAUCCAUGGAACGAUCUGCACCAAAGGAAUUGGAUUCUCAGGCAGUGAAGAAAGACAUUCCCAAGGAUGAGAAGCAUUAGAACAAAAGAGGCUCCAAUGGAUAUAGUUCAUAACUUCAUAGUGUUUUCUCAGGCAGUUUUGUUCUUUGCUUUUUCCUCUCAAAUAAGAGUUAUUCAGAGAUUCUUGUGUCAUAGAGAAUAACUACUGGCAAGACCUUUUCAACAAGGAUCAAACAAUUCGGUAUUAUUAUUUAUUUUUGGUGAUGUAGGUGUCCGGGUUUCAGUUGAUUAAUUCUGAAAAAAGUUGGCCUUUA